ACUAACACGAUCCUUCCCAGCCUCACUCCUAACCUCAGUGAAGUCAAUCUCAGAGAAUCCGACGAACGAAAAAUGGAGUCAUUAGCUUCGCCGCCGUGUCUCCGCCUAACACCGACGGCGCACCGUCAGCUCCAUUCGCGUCAAUCUUCCUCCGCUUGUUAUACUCACGGUGGCACUUCUGUAACCAAAUCCAAUAGCCUCUCAUUUUCCUCAUCCGCAUCCGGAUUCUCGUCAUCACUCGCUGUAGAGAAGGAAUUGCGCUCGUCAUUCGUGCAGACGGCCGCUGUUCGUCAUGUCACUGGGUCCCUUAUCAGAGGGGAAGGUCUUAGAUUCGCCAUCGUUGUUGCUCGUUUCAAUGAGGUUGUGACGAAGUUGCUUUUGGAAGGAGCCAUUGAAACUUUCAAAAAGUAUUCGGUCAGAGAAGAAGACAUCGAAGUUAUAUGGGUUCCUGGAAGCUUUGAGAUAGGAGUUGUUGCACAAAAUCUUGGAAAAUCAGGAAAAUUUCAUGCCGUUUUAUGUAUCGGUGCUGUGAUUAGAGGAGAUACAACGCAUUAUGAUGCUGUUGCCAACUCUGCUGCAUCCGGAGUACUUUCUGCUGGCAUCAAUUCAGGCGUUCCAUGCAUAUUUGGUGUAUUGACAUGCGAGGACAUGGAUCAGGCUCUGAAUCGGUCUGGUGGCAAAGCCGGCAAUAAGGGCGCUGAAACUGCACUGACGGCGCUCGAGAUGGCAUCGCUGUUUGAGCACCACCUGAAAUAGCUGCUCCUUCCAUGGAUGAACAAUGAUCACGUGUGAGAGCUUCUUGUUGUGUUCCAUUUGGUUACAAUCCAAUCUCCGAAAGUGUACCUUAAAGAUUGUCGUAUUUAGACGCUUUUGUAAGCAUUUGGUCUGUUAUGAAUCCUGUAAUACUGUAAUAAUUCCUCUGAAUCUUGGGGGGAGAGUGGAUUUUUCUUCACCAUUCAAAAAUGUGAUCUUCUUUGUCA